GCCCCGGAUCGCUCGCUGGCUGGCGGCCGCCGCUGCGCCGAAGUUCCCGAAGUUGGAGCCUGCGGUUCCUCGCGAGUCAGCCGCCCCGCCGAGAAAUGCUCAAGAAAUUUUCCAUGUAAGCAGUCCAAAGUGCUCCAUAUCCUGUGACAAAAGGACUCUCUUUUGGAAGACGUGCAUUCCUCGUUCGGGUAGUGGGAUGCCGAGGAACAUGAUGUCCGACUUCGCAGGAAUGGUGUGUGAAAUUCCUCCGGAAGUUAAAUUUGCUAGCUUCGAAAAAGCUCAUUGCCUGGAGAGUGGAAAGAGUCACCCAAGGAGGAGAAGUUCAACCUUGGAGGAGGACGAUGCCUUGAAGUAUCUAACCCAUGAGGAGAAAGAUGUCCUCCUCUUCUUUGAAGAAACCAUUGAUUCCUUGGAGGCUGACUUGGAAGAGCAAGCGCUCCAUGAUAGCGGAAUCCACUGCCAUUCCCCGAGGUCAGUGGAUGAGACCCUGUCAAGCCAUUCGGACUCGGAAGAGAUCAUAGACCUGGUGCAGUCGGCUGAAGAUCGCUGUCCCAGGAGAGAUGCAGAACCAGUGGAGGAGAUUUGGCAGCUGGGGAAAGCAACGCCGGAAUACGUUGAGCCGCUGGAAGAUGACUCUGUUGAUCGUCUUGAAGCUUCUCCCGUGCUGCCGUCCGCACCUCCACUGCCCAUCUACGAGCUGUUUCCUGCCCCACCCCCGGUGCAGCACCCAAAACUCCUUCGCUCAAUCCCCACUCCUCUUGUAAUCGCUCAGAAGAUAUCAGAGAAGCAGGUGGAAAGUAGCUCUUCUCUACCCAUUUCUCCAAAGGAUGGGGGCUCCUCAGAGAGGAGGAGCGUGCCGGCUUCUCCUCCCUUGCACAACGGGGAGCGUUGCACAGCUUCGAAGCAGCUGGCAGCACCCUCCACAGCACCCAGGCCCCUAAAGUUUCCAAGCAACAUCAGCAUCACUAACGCCAGCGAAAGGGAGUUCAGCAAAACGAUCUCGAAGGCAGCGGUCAACGUGCAAGAGCGCAAAGCGCAGGUGUUGGCCAACGUGAACGGUUCGGCCUUCCUCAUAAAUGAGCUCGAAGAACGGCUCCCGAAGAGGGAACUCUUGGGUCACAGCAGGAGCUCAUCGUUACGAGAUUUGCCCUCGGAACAAGCAAGGCCCGAGGCCUUGAGCAGACUUGCUGUGGUGGAAGGGAACCUGUGCCGAACGCAACUGGACUCUGCUCUCGGCAGCCCUGCAUCGAACGAUGAAAAACCAGAACAAGCGCAGCCUGUAGCCAAUGGCUAUCAAAACAUCCACGAGAUCCUAAAAAGAGAAUCCACUCUCUUCCCGAGUGUGAGUAAAACAGUGACAUUCAAACCAGACGCUGAUCUGGUGGACGGUAAGCCUGCCCAGCAGAAGGCGACCAAGAGCUUUCACGACCACCGGCAGCCGGACUUCAGCCUGGAUCUGAGGAGGAGGUCUGGCUCGCUGCCCAGGCCCUCGGGACUGAGACCCCAGGGCAUCACAGUACAGUUCUCUGGCCGUGGGUCGUCGGAAGAAGCCAGGAGGGAGGCACUGCGCAAGCUUGGACUGCUCAAAGAGUGAUCGGAAGGACGGACGGAAACAGGAUGGGUGGCGCGCACGCCCCAGCCCACUCGUUCCGAGGAGAUCUGAUGACAGCCACCUUUCUCCUACAGGCCAAGGAGACAGUUGCUUGUCAGAAUGCACUUGUGUUUUUAUGGUGGAUUUCCUUGAUGUUCAAUCAUCCCAUGCAUGGAAGCUGCCUGUAGGAUUUAGAAAAGACCGUCGCUGAGCAAGCCUGCUGCCGUGGGAGGCACCCUGCUAAAUGAAGUUUGAUUAUGCAGUAUUUGUGUGCAUGUAUCUGUGUAGCUGUCCUGAGUGCGUUGGGUUUUCCUUGGACUCCGGCAAUCAUGAAGCCAAAAGCAGAAGAAAUGAUCCUAUUGAAUUCCAUAGGCAGAAAUAGAAAUAUGUAGUAUCUUGGCUCAUAUCGGGGUGGGGGUCAAUUGUACAAUAAAGCUGCUAUCUCUGGUUGUUACAAACAUUUAACCACACACACACACACACACUCUUCUUCUGUAGUCUAAUUAGUGGCAGUGUGGUAAUUGGUUCCAUCCUACUGAAUGUGCUCAAGUAUUGGAGGUAAAUUGCAGCUGCUCUGGUUGUGUCGGACGCAACUCUCCGCAUUCUUGGUCACCGGCCACGCAGACUGGGCCUGACAGGAGCUGAAGUCCAAAUGGCUGGGCAGCGCCAAGUGGGAGAGAGCCAGUGCUGGGAACCUGCUUCCGUGUGAACCUGGAGGUGGUGGGCGGGAGCUUUCUCAAACAGUGCGAACAUCAAAAGAGCAGUGCUGGGUCGGGCCAAGUGCCUAGAUGGUCUGGGACAGGGGUCCUCAAACUUUUUCGAUGGGGGCCAGCUGAAAGGCGGCAGCUACACGCGUGGGCUGGCGAGGUGGGGGUGCCGGGGGGCGCGGGCCGGUGAGGUGCCGUCGGGCGCGCGCAAGCCAGCAUCGGGCACGCGCAGUGGUGGCUUGCUCGCUCGGAGACCGCCUCUGAUCAAGCGAGCCACCACCUUCCCCCCCUCGCUGCCCUGCGAGGCAGCAGUGAGCGCGCAUGUACGGGAGGCAGACGGCGGCUUGCUCGCUCGGAGACCAUCUCGAGCGAGUCAGCCACCACCUCCCUGCAAGGGUGCGAACGGCAGCCCAGGACGGACGGAUGGCCAUGCGGGCUGGAUCUGUCCUGCGGGCCAUGGUUCGAGGACCCAAGGUCCGGUACCAUCUCCCCAUGUGGCCGCCCAGAGCCCAUGUGCCACAAAGUGUAUUUUGUCAAAAGGCGGGAAAGCAGAGUGCAUCCUGCUAGCCAAGGACGGUGCAGGUGCAGGGUUUGUACCCAAGCACCCGUAGUAGCUCAUGCCGCUCUUUUAAAAAGCCCCCUUAGACUGCACGGCACGUGGCACAUGGCUUCGUUGUUAGGACCGUCCCGCGAAUUUCCCCCUGAAAACUGAUUUUGUGACCGGCUCUAGCGUGCUCCUUGGAAACCAGGCCUGCACGUCAAAUGGCUUGAUUAAAUUUGUCUUGCUCAGAAAAAAAGCACAGGAAUCUUGUUACAAUUGAACGGCUGGAAAGCUGCUGUUUUGUCAUUGGUGCUUUUUUUUUUUUAAAGCAUUAUAUUGGGAAUGUUCUUGGUUAAAAGUAGCCUUAUGUGACGGAACAUCUAGGCCACGGACCAUGCAGGGAACUUGUGCAGGACUGAAUACGUGGAACUGCCAGCCCGAUGCAUCCUGAUCCAGUGCUGACGGGACUCCAAAGCCAUGGCAAAGGCCUUUAAGACGACAAGGGCAAGAGCUGUGCCAGGUUGGUUAAAGGCACCUCUCCUCCAGCUUUUGCUCCCCCAGGACUAACCAGAUGCCUGUGGGAAGCGCACCGGCAAGGCGCAGUAUCUCUGCUAUUGGCAGACCCCUUCCUGCUGACUUUGCCAGCCUGAGACCCCCUGAAAUGGGGAUUGUAGGAAAGGAGUCCAGUCUUCCACCUUCCCACCGUGCAAAGCAUGUUUCCUCUCACUGGAACUACACCCCUCCCUGGGACGUUGACCACGAAUGCAAACAUGGCGUGCAACCCCUGGCAUGUGGGGUAAAUGAGCCCCCGGCACAUGGAGCCCAGCAUGGGUAAGUUGGCCCAUCCUCGUUCCAUAUAAAUCCAGUGUGUUAUUAGCCUAUCACUGCAUUUUCCGUAUGUCCCUGAGGUGGCUUUUUUCCUUGCUCAGCUCAAAUUUUGCUUAGAUUGUCGCUGCGAUCAAAGGUGACUUCUUCCUCUCUUGAACAAGUGUGUGUGUACAUUUGUGCAGGCGUGUUUCUAGCAAAACACUUGCAGCUGGUGUGUCGUUUUCUGAGCACUUCAUCUUGCGAAGCUCGAUUCAAAGACAUGAAUAACAAAAACUACCUUUUCCCUAAACAUAAUGUCCCCCUCCCGUCCUUUAAAUGACGCCACUGCUAAUCCCCUAGAUUUCCUGUUAGAUGAAUUCUUUAGAUCUUACCAAUGAAAGUCGUGAAGAAAUUAUCUCACGGUUGUUAAAUUUGCCUCAUAAGUUAUUGUUUUAAAGAACUAGUAUUCUGCUUUUAUCUCUAAAUUGGAGUACACUUUGUUUAUUUACAUGAAGGCAUUCUUUCUAAGUGUUAAAAUUAUUAUCUGUUUAUCAUUGCACUUCACCAUGGAUGACCCGGGAUGCUGUUACAUCCACCCGUUGAAAUAAACUUGUCCUCUGUCUUC